UUCGUAAAAUGGCGUCGUGACAUUUGGUUAUCACGUGGUUUUUGUUUUGCUAGUAUAAUCGCAUUGCUGGAUGUUUAAAAUGAGUUGGAGGUGUUGUUUUUAUUUGCCGUCUUGGAAACCGACUCCAAACGAAUGGACGUUUUGUAAUCGGUGCAUUCAAAGCGAAGAAAAGGAACGAAUAAGGAAAUUUGUGUAUAAAAAGGAUGCGAUUGCAUCAAUGGUCGGAAGAUUAAUGUUAAGAAAAUUAAUUUCUGAAAUUUUAAACAUAAAUUACGGCGAAGUUGGCUUUGAAAGAUCCGCCAAAGAAAGACCCAUCUUACGUAAAGAUUUAUUGGUAAAAUAUCCACUGCUUGACUUUAACCUUUCUCACCAAGGAGAUUACUGUGUCUGUGCUGCAGAAAUAAAUAAUAAAGUAGGUAUUGACGUUAUGAAAAUAAGCUAUACAGGUGGAAAAUCUAUUUCCGAGUUUUUUAACUUGAUGAGAAGACAGUUCACCUCUAAAGAAUGGGAUUUCAUUGAAUUGCCCGGUUUAGAAAUGGAAAAACUUGGAAGAUUCUACAGACUUUGGUGCUUGAAAGAAAGUUAUGUAAAGGCUAUUGGUGUUGGUAUUAGUUACAGUUUGCAACAAUUGUCUUUCUGCUGCAAAUCUCCAAAUCUUCAGAUGGACAUCGUAACGACUGAUACUGAAUUAUAUAUAAAUAACGAACGUGAAACUAGUUGGACGUUUCAAGAAACUUUACUCGAUAAACAACAUUGUGUUGCAGUUGCCAUCAAUAAAAGUCAGAAAGACGAAGAUUUCAUUCCUAAUUUCAAACUUCUGACGUAUCAGGAUUUAAUAGAAAAUGCCGAACCGUUGUCUGAACAGGAUACUUUGUGCGGAGAAGAAUUUUACAGAAAACCAGAAUAGCCUCGAUAGAAAUGCUUGUUAGAAUAUACGAAUUUAUAUAAAAGUAUUUUAAAUUUUUGGAACAGUAAAUAACUUAUAAUAUGAAGAAUGUGUUACAGUAGAAAGUAAUUUAAACAUUGUUCCUAUGGUUAUAACAUUUCAAGAUGCAGGUAAGUAUUCAUUUCAUAUUUUUUAACAUAUCACUUACUACAAAGAAAGAUACUUAAAUAUCCUUAUAUGUUUUUUCCUUUUUAUUUGAAAAUUAAUUCUAAUAUUUACUACAAAAUUUUUAAUUUUAUUCAUACAUUCAUUGAAAUAACAAGAGGAAAGUUUAAAAAAUAUCUUAGUUAUUAGCUUCAGUAAUUAAAACUUUUUAAUAUAAGGUGGGUGGAAAGUAACUAGGCAUUGAGAAAUCGCCACAAUUUUUGUAUACUAAUGAAAUCUUAAUAAAUUUGUCUGUGUGUAUACCUCAUUUGAUGGAAUUUUAUAAUUCUUUCAUCGGUGAUGUGGGCAAUGGCAAAAAAGAUGGACAGUUGCUGCAUGUUGUGAGGUGUGGAUAUUAGAGAGGUUGAGGCGCACGUUUUAAACGU